UCAGAGAAGACCCACCUCCAGCCUGUGGAGAGCCGAGUGGGUCUUUGGCUGGUGUCCGCUUCCAUCCUUAUUCCACUGGGGAAGAGGGAGGGAGAGAGCAGGACCCGAAAGGAAAAGAGGAACAACUUCCAAAAAAAGAAUAAAGAAAAAGGAAAACUAGACGGAGACACAAAUGGCAUUCAUGGCGGGGAUUUUGUUCACGGUUGCCUUUCUUGUUUCUGUGAUUUCUACACUUGUUUCUCCCACUCGGACAUAUCCACCCAAUGAAGUCACGUUAUUGGACUCCAGAGCCGCACAGGGGGAGCUGGGAUGGGUGGCCAAUCCGACAGAAGGGGGGUGGGAGGAGGUGAGCAUCAUGGAUGAGAAGAACAUUCCCAUCCGGACGUACCAGGUGUGUAACGUCAUGGAGCCAAACCAGAACAACUGGCUCCGCACGGACUGGAUUCCUCGUGGAGGUGCCCAGCGGGUCUACAUCGAGAUCAAGUUCACCCUUCGAGACUGCAACAGCCUUCCCGGGUUGAUGGGAACGUGCAAGGAAACCUUCAAUCUUUACUAUUAUGAGUCAAACAACGACAAAGAGCGCUACAUUAGAGAGAACCAGUUUGCCAAAAUUGAUACCAUCGCUGCAGACGAGAGCUUCACUCAGGUGGACAUCGGAGAUCGCAUCAUGAAGCUCAAUACGGAGGUGCGCGAUGUCGGUGCGCUGACGCGGAAGGGCUUCUACUUAGCCUUCCAGGACGUCGGAGCGUGCAUCGCCCUUGUGUCGGUCAGGGUCUUCUACAAGAAAUGUCCUUUGGCGGUGCGAAACCUGGCCCAGUUUCCUGAUACCAUCACUGGAGCAGAUACGUCCUCACUGGUGGAGGUUCGCGGAUCAUGUGUAGAUCAUUCGGAGGAGAAAGAAAUUCCAAAAAUGUACUGUGGAGCCGACGGAGAGUGGUUGGUGCCCAUCGGAAACUGCUUGUGCAACCCCGGAUUUGAGGAACGCAGUGCGGAAUGCCAAGCCUGUAAGAUUGGAUACUAUCGCGCUCUGGCCACUGAUGGCGCCUGCUCCAAGUGUCCACUCCAUAGCUACUCCAUCAGGGAGGGCUCCACCUCCUGCGCCUGCGAUAAGGGCUACUUCCGCUCGGAAACCGACCCAGCGUCCAUGCCCUGCACUCGACCUCCGACGGCGCCGCUACACCUCAUCUCGAAUGUAAACGAGACCUCUGUCAACCUUGAGUGGAGCCCUCCAAGGAACUCGGGAGGACGGCAGGAUCUGACCUACAACGUGGUGUGCAAACGCUGUGGGCCUGAUGGGCGGCGAUGUCAACCGUGCGGCAACGCCAUCCACUUUAGCCCCCAGCAGCUGAGCCUGAAGGGAACCAGAGUGUCCAUCAACGAGCUGCAGGCCCAUACUAAUUACACCUUUGAGGUGUGGGCGGUGAAUGGCGUCUCGCCACAGAGCCCCGGGCCAGAACAGGCGGUGUCUGUGACCGUCACCACCAACCAGGCCGCUCCCUCCCCGGUGACAUCUGUCCAAGCCAAGAACAUCACAAGACACACCAUCUCGCUGGUCUGGCAGCCCCCAGAACGAGCCAACGGGGUGAUCCUUGAGUACGAGGUCAAGUACUAUGAAAAGGACCAGAAUGAAAAAAGCUACAGGAUCAUAAAAACUUCAUCCAGAAACGCAGACAUCAAGGGUCUCACUCCCCUGACUUCUUAUGUGUUCCAUGUGCGAGCACGCACGGCGGCCGGCUACGCCGAAUGCAGCGGCCCCUUUGAGUUCAUGACUAACUCUGUGCCAGCUCCCAUAAUCGGCGAUGGAACCAACUCCACGGUGUUACUGGUGUCUGUGGUUGGCAGCGUGGUGCUCCUCCUCCUCCUCAUCAGCGCUUUUGUCAUCAGCCGAAGACGGAGUAAAUACAGCAAGGCCAAGCAGGAGUCAGAUGAAGAGAAGCAUUUACAUCAAGGCGUGAGGACAUACGUGGACCCCUUCACCUAUGAGGACCCAAACCAAGCUGUCCGCGAGUUUGCUAAGGAGAUCGAUGCAUCUUGUAUCAAGAUCGAGAAAGUGAUUGGUGUUGGGGAGUUUGGGGAGGUCUGCAGCGGACGUUUGAAGAUGCCUGGAAAAAGAGAGAUCUGCGUGGCCAUCAAGACGCUGAAGGCCGGGUACACCGACCAGCAGAGGCGGGACUUCCUGGCCGAGGCCAGCAUCAUGGGCCAGUUUGACCACCCCAAUAUCAUCCACCUUGAGGGCGUGGUCACCAAAUGUAAGCCGGUGAUGAUUAUCACCGAGUACAUGGAAAACAGAUCGCUGGAUGCAUUCCUGAGGAAGAACGACGGCCACUUCACGGUGAUCCAGCUGGUCGGCAUCCUGCGUGGGAUCGCGUCAGGCAUGAAGUACCUGUCAGACAUGAGCUACGUCCACCGCGACCUCGCCGCUCGGAACAUUCUGGUCAACUGCAACCUGGUUUGCAAGGUGUCCGAUUUCGGCAUGUCUCGUGUGCUGGAGGACGACCCCGAGGCGGCGUACACCACCCGGGGAGGGAAGAUUCCCAUCCGAUGGACCGCCCCUGAGGCCAUCGCUUACAGGAAGUUCACCUCAUCCAGUGAUGUGUGGAGCUACGGCAUAGUCAUGUGGGAGGUGAUGUCAUAUGGCGAGCGGCCAUAUUGGGACAUGAGCAACCAAGAUGUGAUUAAAGCUAUUGAUGAGGGCUAUCGGCUGCCCCCCCCCAUGGACUGUCCCGUGGCGCUCCACCAACUCAUGCUGGACUGCUGGCAGCGAGAAAGGGCGGAGCGACCCAAGUUUGGCCAGAUUGUCAACAUGCUGGAUAAGCUGAUACGCAAUCCCAACACCCUGAAGAGGACCGGAGGGGACGGCGCUGUCAGGCCGACCACCAUUCUGCUGGAGCCCGGCAGCCCCGAGGGGUCGUCGGCGGUGGGCACCGUGGAGGACUGGCUUCAGGCCAUCGGCAUGGACCGAUACAUCGAUAACUUCACUGCCGCCAGCUACACAACUCCUGAGGCGGUGGUCCACAUGACACAAGAGGACCUGACCCGCAUCGGCAUCUCCUCGGCAGCACACCAGAGCAAGAUCCUGACCAGCGUCCAGGGAAUGCUCUCCCAAAUGCAACAAAUGCAAGGCAGAAUGGUUCCCGUCUGAGAUCUGAGAACAGGGAAGGAAACGGGAACAAAGUGACUUCAUUUCCUAGAAAAACAAAGAAAAAACAAAAAAAGAAAUUUUAAAGGAGACAAACUAUGAAGAAAUAGUUGACCUCAUCUUUGCACUUUAACUUUGCUCUGAAAGAAAAGUGGGGACAACGGCACUUUUUCUCAAAUUCAGACAUUUGCCCUUUUUUGUUGGAAGCGUUUGUGGAUUGAUGGAGGAACGUCCGGAAGUGCUUCCAAAAAGGCCGACCUGGAAUGCCUUCAUUGGAUUGGAAGGAAAAGCAAGACAUACGGGAAACCUUUCCUCACAGGCCAAGUGUUAUUUCUACACAGAGCAGUUUUUUUUACAUGCGACCGUGUUUGUCAUACACGCUUUGUCUCCGUGGGACGUCCCCAAGCACCAUUGUUCUGUCUCGGCUGGAUCGGUUUGCUAGCUCGCACACUAAAUACAGGAUCUUAUCUGUCAGAGGCCGGGCGGGAACUUGGCAGCACGGUGGGGACCUGGAUGAUGUUCCUUCGCUGGACUUCUGGACUUUCUUGGCCCUCAAGACGCAACUCCCCUUUCUUCCUAAAAUGUCCUCCCUCACCUGGACGGAGCAGGCAGUGCAGGUCGUCCCAUCUUUGCAUCAGAAUCACAGCCUUGGCGGCCUCACACAUCCUGCUGCAGGGCCCCCGACGCUUCCUCAGCGCUCCCAAUGGAAUAUGGUUUGGCUGGAUUUAAUUGGGUUUAUUGGAGCAGCAAUACAAAGGAACAUAUGGCGGCAUUUCAUCAAAAGGAUGUCUGAAACAAAUACAAUAUGGAUGCCAGUGAAUAACAAUCAUCACCCUCCACUGAGGAUUAGUCAAGCUGUUAUCAAGCUGCUGCUGUCCAUCUUCCAGAAUUCUUCCUCCUUCCUUGUUGUCUUCCUCCUCUUCCUCUCCUUGGAGUCUCACCUGACACCGAGAUGCUGAAUCCAUCCCCAAGCACCUGACGUGUCCACUUGACGUUCUUCCUAUCAUGUGCUUGUGGCCAUCCGGCGCCGUACUGGAAUAAUAUGAAUGAUAACUGCAUUGCAAAAAGACUACGUGAAGAAUGUAAUAUAAUCCAGAAGCUCCAGUGGAUGAUGGCCUUUUUUUUACCAUUUUUAGAGAUCAUCCUGACUUUGUGUUUUUGCCUUGGUUUGUGUGUGAGAGGUUAGAUUUCAGUGUGCGAAUGUGUCCAAUGUGUGUCACGUCCCUAAAGAUGAGUAAAUGUGUCCAUCCAGGAGCCACUAGACGUUGGGAAAACAGACCAGAAAAAGAAAACAAUGUACAAUAAGUUGCUCCUAAAUGUGGGAGCUCGUCUUUGGAACCGCUUUGUGGAAUCAAACCAAUUUGGACACCAUGUUAUGGACAAGUGUGCCUAAAAAGAACCACAAACUCCAGUUUGGACUUGUCAAUCAAGCUGGUGAUGCUAAAUGUGAUGCCUCCGUACAACAACAGCAGCCAGUUGGAGGACAAAGAAGGGAUUUCUUUCUUAUUUUUUAUCCCACAACAAAUGAUACAACUCCAGGUUUUACCCGGUGGACUUCUUUUGCUCACUUCCUUUACGUCUUCAAACUGUACUCGUGUGAGUGUGAACGUUUGAAGCUUACGUUGGUGACACGUCACAAAAACACCUCCGUCCUUAAAACAGCUCCACUGCUUUUUUCCUCUCGCCAACGUGGAACUUUUGGGUUUCAGCCAACAAAUAAAAGGACUUGUUUGGAAAUAUGCAAGACAUGUUAGGAAGGAAACCAGAAUGUACUGGAAAAUGUUUUUUUCCUUGACUCCAUGUCUGAUGCUUUGACAAAACACAAAAAAAGAAGAGAGAAGUUGAUGUUCUUGUAUGCCUUCCGAUGCCAUAUGAUCUAGUCCUGUAGAUCUAACAUCUUUUUCUUCCUUUUUCACAUGAUCAUGUUCUUUUUUUGUCAAUGAGAUAUAGGUACAUGUAACUUAUGACAUUUAUUUAUGUCCUUUUAUAUCUAGUUUGUAAAAUAAUAGCCUCAAGCGAAGGAAAUAAAGGGGUGCUGAAGUGCACUCUUAUUACAGUAGAAAUCACAUGAUGUUCUUCUGUCUCUUAUUCACGUUU